AUGACCCACUUGUUACCACAUCCUAAACAAAAAGGUUUCAAUACUUUCUCCAGUUUGGAGCAGGAAUUUGAAGCCAGCGCUCAAAGUGAGAUUCUCAGCCCCAAAGUGAAUGCACUGGCCACGAGCCCUGGGACUGUCAGUGUGGCUCACACAACCACAAAUGUCAGCAUUUCCCUGCUCCUUACAGGAAACACAAUCACAUACGCUGAACUACACGUGAAGCCGAAACCCAGAGGGAGCAGCAGAUCAGACAUUUCCGCUUCUGGUGCCCGACCUCAGCGUUCAGCCUGGUUUUACGUGGCCGUGAUCCUGGGAAUUCUCGUGCUCGUUUUGCUGGGUGUUAUGGCUGUUUUAGCAAAGCAAUUCGUGAAGGGCAGAGAAGAAAAAUCGGAAAGUUUGUCUCAGCAUAGUCUUAAUAGCACUCACAGUCACAUUUCUUCAGUGAAAGCUGACUCAACUGUGCUACUGAAAUGGCUAAUGGAGGAACUGUGUGAAGAUGGAGAUGGAGCAACAUGUGAGCUGUGUCCACCAGGAUGGCAACUACACAGGGGAAGAUGUUACUACUUCUCUGAGGAGGCUGUAAGCUGGGAUGAUAGCCAGAGAAACUGUCUGGCUAGGAAAUCCCAGCUUCUUGUUGUUGAAGAUGAAAUUGAGAUGGAAUUUAUAGAUAAUAAAGAGAAAGAUACCAAGUAUAUCUGGAUUGGGUUGAAGUUUCAAGAGAAGAAGAAACAAUGGAGUUGGCUUGAGAAGCAUGGAGUAAGAGAAAACAGGAUAGUGCUAAACAGAAUUGAGGCUGACAAGAACUGUGCUGUUUACAGAAGAAAAAACAUGAUCCAAACAGAUAACUGCCAGACUUUUAAAAAGUGGAUCUGCAAGAAGAAUGCAACUUUAUUGGCUCUCUGAACCAGAUUGCCAGAUAACAGGCAGUGCUCUUUGUCAGGAGACGCAUUUUACUGAUAAAAGCAUCUAAUGUAAAUAGCUGUAAGAGACACAAGUUUGAAAUCUGCUGUCCUGUGCCCUUUGCCUCACUAAGACGGUAUCUGAUAAAUCAAGAGGGAGCUCAGAAGUUGCCAAGUUUCAGUAUGAAGACCAAGCAGUAGGACUGUAACUCAGCACAUGUGGUUUUUGGGGGUGCAGAGGUUCCCACAGAUACUGGCAGAAAUUUGCUAAGGGAAAGGGGAGGGGACAAGAGCAACUCGUGAGGAUGAGCAAUAGGUACAAUGAACUGUGAUGUGCGAGAAAUCUGCUGUCUGUGAGGAUGGAAGUGUGUGUUGGAAUCCAUGGCUUUUGUUUACAUCCUGGAGGCUGCCUUUACUGAGCUGAGGCACUUUUUAUUUGGGAUUCAAUAUUUUUUGAAGUUUUAUAUUUUUUCCUUAUAGUCUAAUUGUGACUCUUUCACAAGUCACUGGAGGGCUGGGAGAAAUGCUUUUACGAGACACUUUUAAACUUUUUCAGAGCUGGCCUGCAUGGCCGUUGGCAAUAUAGACAUUAGACUAAGCGCAAAGUGACUCAUAACACUCGUGGUUCAUAAGCUGCUACCUUCUUCUGAUACUGAACCUUAUGAUCUGAAAGAAAGCUCUAGCACAGGAAAGGGCUUGGACCAUAAGAUCAGACUGCAGCAGAACAUGAGGAAAUGAAGAUGGUAGCCUGCCUUUCCUCCUCUCCUUGCCCUUUAUGUUGUGAAUUCUCUGACAUGCAACUGUAAGUACCGCCUGGAUGGUAUGCCAGGAAGGCAUGAUGAGGUAUUGAAGCUACACAAAGAACAGUGAAAUUACUGUCUGUGGAUGCACCUACUAAACACAUUGCUUGGUCAUUCUAAUUUCAGGGACACAUGCUGUUUCUGGGUGUAGAAUAAAGGAAUGAUAGGAGCAGUCUGACUUAUUGACUCUAUUCUGUAAUUGAAAAAGUGGAGAAAUGUGUUGAAUUGAUUUCUGUGAACACAGAGAGACCUCACAGUUGUUCCAGCAUUUACGAACACCUUAGUCUGAUACAGGUAAUAAUUAUUCUAGAUCUGUGGCUAGCACAUGUCUUUGAAACCAGAGUGAACAAAAGCAAAGAAAAUGCUUGCAUUUGUCAUUUCCAGUGACUCAUGUUGCAACAAUCAGGAAAGCAAGUAACAUGUAACCAAGGAAAUUUAAAAAAUAAUAUACGGGAAAGUGGAAGUGGAGCUGCAAUAAAACUGUUUUCUUCUUGUUCGCAAAU